AUGGAGACAAAGUCCUCGUUGGACCGGUUAGCGCACAUCGCCAACAUCACGCACGAGCUUACUGAGCUUGACCGACAGAUCAAGCUGGAGAAAACACCGGAUACACACGACACUGACUUGGGUGCGAUGCACCAUGGAAAUAUGAAUGGACAUGGGAACCAUGCGAACGGACAGCAUGGGGAGAGACACAGGCUGGAUACGCCGCUGGGGGACCAUGGGCUUAAGCCGAGGAGACUAGCGUGUACUUCUUGUCGGCAGCAGAAACUGAAGUGUGAUGCCCAGACGAGGGAUCCGCUUCCGUGCACGAGAUGUGAAAAGAAGGGGAUAGAAUGUGUGGUGAAGGCUGAUUUCAAGAGAACAGAGAAGAGAGCGAGGUUGGCGCUGAUCGAGAAGGAGUUUGCGGAGCUUAAGAAGACGUUUACGGGUCCCGUGGGGCUGGGAACGACGGUAACAGGGGUUCCUCAGGCUCCACAGGUUCCGCUGGUGCCUGGAAGGACGUUUUCUUCUGAAGGAACGCCUCAUUCGGUGCUGUACCUGCCGGCUCCAGGCCAUGAGGGACAGACUGCUCCUGCUAUUCAGGCUCCACAGUCUGCUCAGGUUCAUCUGGUGCCCCAGGUUCCUCAUCAACCUCCACAUGUUCCGCUUGAGGCUCACCAGUCGCCAGAAGGACCCCAGUCGAGGCUGUUUUUGAAUAUAAACCCUACAGAAAAACCGUCCCAGGCUCACCACUUUGCGGUGCCUGACCACGCUUUGCUCUGUGAAGAGAAAUCGCUUGGAACUGUCACUUUACUGCCUGAAGCUAUUGUGCUGUUGUACAUGGACUAUGUUCGCUACUACCAUCCGACUUUACCCGUGGUGGAGGUCGCUAGAGGCCCUGAACGAAUUUAUCGUCUUUGUCCGUCGCUUUUCUGGGUAAUUAUGUUUGUUGCGCUGCGUCGGUACGACGAUAAUGGUUCGCUUCUUUUGACUUUGCUGCCGCUAAUCAAAGACAUUCUUUCGGAAAUCACCAUCUCUCCAAUCACACGGUACCAUCCAACAGAAGAAGAUGAACCUAUCAUGAACGCUUGUUCGGUUUAUUCUGUCCAGGCAUUUAUCAUAUACUCCAUCUGGCCACCAUUGACGUCCUCGCUUAGUUCGGACUCUUCCUGGAACACUAUCGGUGUGGCUUUGUUCCAGAGUAUCCGUAUCGGUCUCCAUUCUUCAGGCCAAGUGCUUGAUCAGGCCCAGCUGGAACCAAUUCCGCCUCAGCAGUAUGCUAUGGCUCAGGAGCAAAUGAAAACAUGGAUAGUGUGCAACAUAGUAUCUCAGAAUAUCGCUACAGUGUUUGGAUUCCCAGCUUUCGUUCAAUUCGACUCUUUACGUCCUCAGUACGUGGACUUGCCUGUUGCUACAAGGCAUUUAAUGGAGAUUGCCCAUUUUGAAGACCAGGUAGCGAGAUCGUUGACUUCUAAUACCCGUGUUGAUUACGGAACCCAUCAGGUCAACGAGCGCCUUUCACUUAUCAAGGUUCUUCUUCGACAACUCGACCAGCUUGAGCUUAAACUUACUUCUGAUAAUGUGCCUGAUAACGGUUACAGGAAAAUCAAGUACAUUGUUGCUAGAGUGCAUCUUUUGACCCACUAUUUCUUGGACGCCACCAACAUCCCUCCUUUUGAGCUUUCCAAGGGUUUAGUGAGACUUUACAACGCUGCCAUUUCACUCAUUACUUGCGUUCAAACACUUAUUGCUAUUGAAAAGGACUUUGUGAAGUUCAUGCCGGUGGUAUCCAUUUUGAACAUUUGGCAGGCGUCGUUUGUCAUUGUGAAACUUGCCAAUUCGCCUCUCAAAUCGGUGCUCAAUGUUGAGCUGGGUAAGCUGACGUACAUGAGCGCCAUCACCAUUGUUGCUAAAGCAUCUAUCUUAAAGCACGAUGUCGCCUAUAGAGCCAGUGGAAUUAUGAGAAACAUGUGGCCGCUUUUUAAGACUCUUGAUGAGAAACAAAUGACCACUCUUUCAAUUCGUACAAGAACCAGAAUGGCUGCAUCCUUGUUUUUUGACUGUUUGUCGCUUCUUCGUGACCAAGUGGGCAUGGCCCAGCUCAGUAUUCGUACUGAUGUCAGAGACCAAGCUGAAGAUAACGACGAAGAGAGUAAUCUGUAUGGAGAAGACGAAGAAGACGAAGAACAGGCUGUUUCCUCUGAUGAAGAAGUGGCCGUUGAUACCAAAGGCCGCAGACAAAGCAAGACACCAAGCCAGAAGUCCACGCCAGGCAGCAUCACCAGUUCUGGCCGCAGAAGACGCAGAUCCUUAUCGAACGUUGGUGACGCCGAAAGCAAAGCCCGUCGUAUUAUACGUACCAUUCCUUUGGACCCGCAGCCCAUUGCUGCGUCGAAGAGAAGCUCGAUCUUUAAAGUGGUGAACACCAGUGCGGAAACUUCACCCAGUGUUAGAAACGACGAGUCCCAUUCACGCAGUUCUGGAUCGCCAGGGUCGAUUCUCAAGAACCCCCACCAAGCCUCAGUUGCAGCACACCAAAACGGACAGUACCAGCACCAGCAGCACCAUCAUCAACAUCACCAGCAGCACCAGAACCAUCAUCAUGUCCCUGCCACACCCCAAAUACAAGUGGCAGGCAACGCCAUGCGCAACCCUCAUAGACCAAAGAACAAGGAGGCGUCAGAGAUGUACUUGAGCUUUGACGAGUCUCCUUCGCAGGGCGUUGGAAACCUCGAUGUGUUUGACGUGAACAGUGACUUGAUCUGGAAGGAUGUGGAUAGUCUUAUGAACGACUUUGGCUCAAAAGCGGAAAUGGUCAACCCUCACGAGCAGCAGCAGCUGGCGCUCCUCGCUCGUAUCAUCAACAGCACCAAAGCAUUAAAUGAUUCAGUCCACGAUAUGAACUUGUUUUUGCAUAAAAUCAACAGUGACAAUAAAAAUAUAGAUAUUGUGGCGCAGAUGUGGGAGAAUUACUCUCAGAAUGCUGAAUAUAAUCUUGAAGCCACGGGCCAGAAACGGAAACCACUUUAG